UUAUUUUGUGUGACAAGUUUAUUUUAGUUCUCUAUAAUAAUAGUAAUAAUGGUAUACUUUUACACCUCAAGUAAUGUAAAAAUGUUGAGAAACAUGAUAACGGAUUAUGCAACAGCAACUGAAGUAUCUCCUUAUGAAUAUAUAAAGAUAUACAUUGAAAAAUGUCCGGAGGGAACAGAAGACACAAAGUUGUCCUGGAUAGCUGAAUCGUUUCUAGGUAUUCAAAAACACAAUAAAUAUCUCAAAGAGAUCAGCUCUUACAUGUCGAAUGAGCUUUCAGGUGACGAUCAGGAUUUUUUUCUGAUUAUUUUUCAUGCCAUCACGUUUCAAAUAUCUCCUACGGAUAUGAAAUAUUUGUAUAAAUGUUUGUACAAUUUAAGCAAGCCCCUAUUAAAUACUUUUACUAUUUUUUUGAGCAAUAAUGAAGCUUUAACUUAUGUAUCACAAGUGGCACAAAGUUAUUAUGAUGCAACUUUUAUUACUGAGAAAAUUAUUGGACCCUUAUUUAACUGGCAACCUUAUAUAAGUGAAAUGGCACAUACUUAUGCUGAAUAUAUAAAAAAAAUAGAACGACUAAAAAUGAAACCAUUGACUGUACCAAUAAAACCAAAUGUAUUAAAUAGAAAAAGUCAUCAUGAUAGUCGUGAUGUCGCUAGUACAGCCCCUAUUGAUAAUCCUCCUACUUCAAUAAAAAAUAAAGGUACUAAAAUGCUUACCAAGAGCGCAAUUGAUAAAAAACUAAACAUAGUAUAUAAAAAAAAUAAACAGAGAGCCAAUGAACUUUUAACGAAAGUCAAAAGAGAUAACAAUCACUAUGCCAAAGGAAAAUCAGAAAACUUUUAUAAGAAAGUUUCAGGUAUUCAGAAUGAGACAGAAAACGAAUACAAAGGACCAAAUUUUGUGUCCAAAAAGGCCCCUGCCUCUACUAAUGUGCCAACUGUUAAGGAAAAUACAGCAACUGUUAAGCGAUUAAAUAAAAGAAUACAACAGUUUCAAAAAGAAGAGGUCCAAUGGUUAGAAGAUUUAGUUACAAACUAUAGAAAUAUGCAAAAAAUAGAAGAAAUGCAGGAGUACGAUCGUCAGGAAACAGAAAGACAACGAUUACUAGACAUAGAAAAAAAACAUUUAAUGGGUCUUCUAAGUUAUGAAGAGGCACUCAUAGCAAGAAAAAAGUUAAAAGAGGAAAAUAAAAAGAAAUAUGAAGAUUUCAUUAAAGAAAAGGUAAAAUGGGAAGAAGAAAUAGAAAAAUGGCAAAGAGAGGAAUUGGAAAGGAAUCGAAAACAGGUUGAAAAGCUUUCAUUACUUGAAUUAAAUUUACUUGAAGCUCGAAAUAACGCAACUUUGAAGAAGAAAGAGAUAGUGGAAAAUGUCAAAAAAAAUAACAAGGAGUUAUUAUCAAAAGCUAUGAAAGAAAAGGAAGAAGAAUUAGAGAGGAAAAUAAACAUGAUCAAGGAGUUAAAAAUUUUAUCGAUAAUUGCUAAAAAGAUAAAGGUUCCGAAAAUUGUUGAUUUGACAGAAUCUUCUGGUAUUGGUUUGCUUUGUGAAAUGUCAAUUGCAGAGUUGCAAGAGAGGCUUAAUGCUACAAAAAUGUGUUUAAAAGAAGAGCUGGAAAAUAAAAGAAAAUCUAUUAAAGAAGAAAAAGAACUCGAGAAGAAUAAAUUAGAAGAAACAAAAUCAAUGAUUCAAGACUAUAUUAAAGAACGUGAAAGUUUAAAAAAGGAUAAAAAACGAAUUCAAUACCGUACCCAAGCAACAUCUAAAGAAAUUGACGACUUAAAAAAAAUGUUGGAAGAAAAACGAAAAAUUCGCCAGUUAAUAACAUAAUUUAUAUUUGGUGUUAAUUUUAUUCAUAUUUUUUUAGUUGUGAAUAUAAAUAAUAAAGCGUAUUUUUUUCAUUU